CCAAUCGGCUACGCCAAAACAAAUCAGGGAGCUGAUGAAGGUGGAGCGGCUUACAAAUGAUGAGGUGAAAUCUCACUUACAGAAAUACCGGCUACACACAACGCGGCCGUCGACCCAAAUUCAUAGCAGCAGUUACAUCAACCCUCAAAUUCCUCCUCAGUUAGUCUUGGUUGGUGGAAUCUGGGUACCUCCACCGGAUUAUAGGGUAAUGGUCACUGCUGCUGAACAAAGCAGUGCUGCCUUCAAUGGAACAUACUCUUCUGUUCCAUCAAUGGCGCUCGAAUCUGGAUUGUCUCAACAGAAACAGGAUAAGCAGCAGAAACAACUGAAUAAUUUGCCUUCCAAGCCAUCACAGUCAUUUGAAGAUGAUACUAAUCUUGCCCAUGAGUUGGCAACGAAAUCCGAUUCUUGCACUUUGUCUUCCACCUCUCAGACCACAACUUUGCCCCUCCUAUUAGAUUUUCCUAGAGGGAUUCAAACUGAGGCUUCAAGUAAGGAAUGCCAGUGAGCUAUUGCUCAUUUACUUCUAAUUGUUAUAGCUUUUUGUGAGCGUUUUUAUCUGUAUAAGUAUAGAGUUACAUACUUGAGCUUAUAUGUUCUUCUGUACAUCACAUUUGCAUGAGAGUAGAGCAAAGCUGCA